AUGUUGUUGAAUAAUGUCUAUAGACAUUCAAGCCGCUAUCUCAUAAGGUUUAUCAAUUUUGUUCACUCAUAUAAACUCUCAAGACGGUAUUUUCUACCGGUACUCGGUGCUCACGUCCUCGUUUCAUCUUUUCUGUUAUGGUUCCUGAUACUGAACAGGUCAGAUGAAUCUGAACUCUUAAAGAAUGAUAAUAACCGUUAUUACAUUGAUGACCCCGAUUACAAGUAUUUCAAUGAUUUCAUUUCGAAUGAUGCCACUUCGUGGUUACCAAUACCAUUCAUUUCUUCCGCUGAUGGUGAAGAUAGCGUGUCUGAAUUGAAUAAAUUAUCAAAAUUGUAUGAAAAAUUGAAAUUUAAUACAAAACCAAUUUGGGUAGACGAUUAUUCUUUGAAAAAGAAUCUAAUGACUGUAUCAAUGGGACCUCACAAAUUUGAAAGCUUCAAUUUCAUUGAUAAUAUCACUUUCUAUGAUUUCGAUCCAAGAUUAACCUGGUCUACCUAUCUAAAUCAUAUCUUACACAAUCUAAAUGAUGAAAAUGAAGAACUACCCUUCUCGUGGUACGAUUGGAGUGAUUUCCAUGAAUUGAAUAAACUUAUCUCUUUGGAAUCUCAAAAAAUCAACUGUAAUCUUUUGUUUGAAGGUACUCUCGACGUAGAGGCAUUAGAUUUAAUUGAAAAAGAAGUAGGCGAACCUUUGUUCGUGAACGAAAGAUUCAAAUACACUUACCCUAAAUGGUACCAUUUCUCAAGAAAAAUGGCUCAACGUCAUAUCUUUACAGUAUUAAAGAAGCAUUGUACUCCAAUUGAAAAGGCUAAAUUCUCCACAGGUGUUGUCAUCAAUGAGAUGUAUGAUAAUGUUAGACCAGAGGUCUUCCAAUUACAAGCAAGAAAUUUCGUCCUAACAACUGCACCAAAUCCUUUAUCAAUAACUAUGUGUAGUGAUACAAAUCAUGCUACUUAUCAAUUCAACGUACAAAAGAGAAAUAGUUCAAAUUUAAUAGAAUCAAAGUUAUUACACAAUUUCAUCUCAAAUCAAACUGAUAAUAUGCUCCAAUUUAAUGAUACCUCAGAAAUACCUGAAGAUUUUGAUAUUGUCUUUAAUCAUAACAUCUUAUUUAAUGAAUUCAUCUCUAAUGUCAACAUUUCCAAAAAAUUUAAACUCGAAGUUGACAGAACAGAUAAAAACGCUUUUAAUUCGAAUUACGUUGAAUUAUCUGCUGACGAUUUCGAAUUUGAUCCCUACUCCAAAAUCAAAGAUAUGGAGUCCCGUAAAGACUCUUUGUCCUUACAUCAAUUGAACUAUUUAGCCUCUUUGAAGACUUCUGUUACUUACCAUCCUGCCACUGCGCCCAAAUAUUUCGCUGAAUGUGGCGCCAUCCAACAAUUCAAAGGUAUGGGGUAUCAUAGGGACAAGAGAUUUUUCAAUGGUGACAAUAUGCUAAACAACCAACAAGAUUAUUUCAAUAGACUAAAUGCAAUGAUUAGGACUUUCCAAAAAUUUACCGCAGCAAAUGGUAUUAUCUCAUGGUUGGGCCACGGUACUUUAUACGGUUACAUUUACAACGGUCAAACUUUCCCAUGGGAUAACGAUUUUGAUUUACAAAUGCCAAUCACUCACUUGAAUUAUUUGAGUGAAUAUUUUAAUCAAACAUUAGUUUUAGAAGAUCCAAGAUUCGGUAAUGGAAGAUAUCUCUUGGAUGUGGGCACUUCAAUAACCAUUAGAACAAACGGUAACGGUAAAAACAAUAUUGAUGCCAGAUUCAUUGAUAUCGAUUCUGGUCUUUAUAUCGAUAUCACUGGUUUAAGUGUCUCAAUGGAUGUUGCAAGAGAUACAAUGAAAACUUACAUAACUGACAAGGCUAAAGAACAAAAAAUCGAACUGACGAAGGAAGUUAAGACUUAUCCAGACACCAAUCAUUUAAAAGACUUCGACGGUGAAACUUUCUCCCUCUUAAACAUUACUGAAUUAAAGAAAUAUGCUGAUGAGCAUACGAACAUUUUUUCUGCCGAUGACAUAAAAAACAUUGGUAAGUUAAUUGAAAAGGAGGAAGAGACUGUGCAAUCCAAGUCAGUUGAAAAAUGGUUAAAUCCAGAAGAAAGAUUUGAUUUACACAAAAAGUUACAUCUUUUCAAUUGUAGAAAUAGUCACUUCACAAAUCUAGAUCUAUUAUCACCAUUAAUCAACACCAUGUACCAUGGUGUUCCAACAUUAAUUCCUUUUAAGUACAUUUCAGCAUUAAAGAAUGAAUACUCGGUUCCAGCGAAGUAUGGUUACACCACGUUCAAAGAUAACAUAUAUCUCCCAGAAUUCAGAUUAUGGUUCAAGCAAAGAAUUCUUGACAGAUGCUCCAAUCUAAAAUCAUGGUUCCCUACAGAUAUUUUUGAACCGCUGAAAAAUACUACAUCUUUGGAAAGAAUUGAUUUUGAUACUGAUGCUAAAACAAUGCUUGAUAACUUAAUCAUGAUGGAUGAUUAUGAUAACGUCAAUAUUGAUAUACUAGCACAAAUUUAUAAUUCUUUUGAAACGACAAGUUAUAGAUUAAAAGAAGUGGAAAUUCAAUAUUCGAAUACCUCUCCAGAACAAAAAAAGAUUCAGUUGGACCAACUUAGAGAGAGAUUCUCUAGCUCUCUGAACAACCCUGCCAAAGAUCCUUUGAUCUAUCGCAAUGAAUUGAAUAUAUAUGAAGAAUUGUCCUCGAAAUAUGACGCUUCCACAAUCAAAGAUUUGGAAAGAAACGUUCAAUAUAAAUAUAUUGAUAAAUUCUGGUCUUUAACGAGAGAUUUAAAAUACAGAAAUUCGACUCUUUUCAAUACAACCACCUCAGUGUCAUUAGAAUCCGCCAACUUGACUUCAAUUGAUUUCAAUGUUAUUGGUAGAGACGAUUUGUUCGCUGAUUCCAGGAAGAAUGCUAAUGAGCUCUUCAAAACAGAUCCGGUAAUGACUACUGAAAACUAA